UUGAAGAUGAACAUUUUUAAUCGCCGGGCUGAAAAAUUAAAAAUAUCAAUUUUCUGAUCGAACUUCAACCGGUUUUAACUUUUAAUUUGUGUAUUUUUUUCGCUUUUUGUAUCAGUUGUGUCGUUAUUAUCAGAUCGAUGAAGUUUCUGAUAUUGAUAGUUCUGUGUUGUGACUUGCGGAUCCUUCAUUUAAAGUUUUAAAAAUAGUGAAUUUUCCAUCAUACUUAUUUGCUUUGGACGGCAAUUUGGAAUUGCAUUAUAUUCAUGAGUAGAUCGAAUUUCGAACCAAAAAAUGGCCCCAACACCGCCGAAAUUACGUUCGUGGGCUGUAAGAUCGCUGUGUAUACGAUUAGUAUACGAAUGGGCGAACAGCGACAUGCCAGUAAACGAUAUCAUUUGGAGGAAUGCUAAAAAUGGCCACGGUACUUGCGAAAAUCACGACUUGUUCAUUGAUCAAAUGUACGAAAUGCGAGUACCAUCAACGAUCAUCGUUCCUCGUCUGAUUCACGAUCAAAUCGACGAGAAUAUCGCUUCGAUCUUGGAUCACGUUAAAGACUGGAUCCGGUAUCAUCAUUCUAAGAAUUUCUUCCACGACAAUCCAUCGUCUCCUAUGAACGAAUAUCUGCUCGGGUUGGUUUGGAGCGAUGAUAAUCGUCGAAUUGACUAUACAGCUACAGCCAGGAGUAUGCUGAGGAAUGAGAAUCUUACAGCGAUGGAGAGGUUUCGAUUCGCUUGCACGUAUUGUUUCGUCGAGGAGAUUACAAAGUUAUGGGAUUUGGCCGAAAUCAAGAUCACGUCGAGUUGGAGUUUCGAAGACGAGCCUUUCCUGGUGUACUGGAGCAAGUACUUGAAGAACGAACUCGAUACGAUAUGUUUACCGGAGACUGUUUCGUCGAUGGACAUUUUGAUGCUGGAAAAAGCGAUGAAAGUAUAUGAUCUAUGGUCACCUAUCGAGUAUUUUUUCAGCAACCUGGAUACGGCGAGUAAAUUGCACCAGUUUGACGCCGUUGCCAACCAUUGCGGUGUAAAAUAUCGUAACGAAUUGCUUUCGAAGCUAGAUCACAAAGAGUGGAUGCUCGUUUAUCGUAAAUCGAUCGCUAGAAUCAUGUUGAGUUGCGCCGAAUCGGGCGAUUUCGAAGAAAUACGUCACCUAUGGAGACGAUUCAAAGAUACGAUGAAUUCGAAGAAUUUCGCCAUCGUCGUUCGAGAACUGGUACCGUUGUCGAUGAAGAAUAGUCGUAAUUUCAACGCGUUGACGCCAAUGUUGAUGGUGAUGUGGGCCAGUGCCCGAGAAGAAGUCAAGAAAUCAGCCAUCAAAGGCGAGCUGAUGCGACGUAUAGGCGAAAAAUGCGCAGACCUGAUAGACGAUGACGGUAUCAGAUUCGAUUUCGAAUCACGUCUCGAGUACGCGGAUCCGUUGAGAGUAUUUCGAACGUUGUUAGAAAGCUGCGAUCGUAAACAGAUCGAGGAAUUUGUUCGGGCCAAUUUCCUUUGGCUAGUGCUGUGGCAACCUUUAGCCGUGCUGAAGGAAUUCUUCGUCGAGAUUCAGCUCGAUAUCAAAUGUCUGUCGAUGUUCAAAAAGGACUGGAUAAAUUCGUAUGGAUUAUGCCAGGCUUGUUGGAUUCUGCUGCGUUAUGGCGAAUUUGACGAGCUCGACAAGGUCGUUUGGUUUUGCUCGUUCGACGAUAGUAAGGUUGAUGACGAUAUUCGUGAACUGUGUUUGGAGGCAUUAAUAGCUUUAGGCGAAGACUUCGUAGCUCUGUAUAAAUAUUUGGUUGUGAAAUGUCCCUUAGGUUUGAAAGCUUUGAGCUUGUAUUUGUGCAACUUCGAUUGGAGAAAAUUGCAGAGUUUUUUGUUGAAUUCAGUCUUUUCGCGAGAUCAUUCGAAAGCGGAUUUGCUGAUGAGGUUAUUAUUCCGGACACGUUCCAUGGGAACAACAUAUCUGCGGAUGAAAUUACGUCGAGCUGAAUUCGACGAUGUUAAAGAAUGCUUCGUUACUGUGAUGUCGAAGUAUUACGAAGUUUCGUUGCUGAAAUACAAGUGCUGCAUUACGCUGUUCAGAUGCUUGUUCAACGACUACGACGACGAUGAUGAGUCUGCGGGGAAUUUGAUUUUUAAACGAGACGAUAUGCGAGAUUUUUUAAGCUGGUGUUGCAUAGGUGGUGAAGAUUCGUUGAUGGCACAAUCCAAACUAAGGUUUUGGUUUCCUAAAGCGUUCCUGGGUCAGUUGAAAGGAUGUGUCGAUGAGAACGGAUCAUUUCAAGCUAGCGAUUCCAUGGAGGAGUUUUUAGUAUGGUGUUUUCCUGCGGAGACGGAUAGAGCGAAGUUUAAACGUUAUUUGAUUCGCACAUAUCGCGAAUAUAAACCUAUAGAGCAGCUUUUAGGGAUGAGAAAGUAUCGUCGAAACGUGUUGAACUGGUUUUUCGAUAAUGAUACAGAUUUGAUUGAAACGUUCAGAGCUAACGAGCUGUUGAGAUUAGCGAAUUGAGUUUUUUUUUGGUGGUGUAGGGUUUUUUUUCGAGGCAGUUUUUUUGUUUUUUAAAUUUGGGUUUAUGCCCCACUGUCUUAUCCUCUCUUUCUGUCUUGGAUCUAUUUUGCAAUGCUAUUUAUAAGUGAUUUGUACCUACUUGUCUGUGAUUUAUUGUAUUUCAAGUGCUAAAUCGGCGCAAUGUUCAUUUACUCGGGUAGAUUAUUUUUUAUAAUAUUUAUUUGGUACAUUUUUGAAAGAAAAGAAAUUUUCAAAAGCUCGUUUUGAAACGGCACCUCCUCCGCCAUAAUUACGCCAAUAUAGCUAGAAGUAAAAGUUCAAAGUUAGAUUGUGAUGUACUUGUUAUAACUGGCAACGUUGCUUUAUGUAUGUAUCUUUUCAAAGUAACGGUUUCGUAUUGAAUAUAUGUAUUAUUACCUUUCUGUCAUGUCAACGAAUAUGUUAUUAUACGCCCUGAGAAAAGA